AUGCAUCCUUACGCAGGCCGUCGCCACCACCCUCGUUGCCGUGUCAUCGGUGGGCCGGCAGGUGAAUCUGUUGGAUCAAGCGAAAAGACAACUGAAGAGCUUGACGGUCAGCUUCAAGCGGCGACUGCCAAACCCGGCAUCGCCGGCCCCGACCCAAAUGUUAGCCCCGCCAAAGCCGUGGACAGUAGGUUGGCUGAUGUAAGUAGUGAGGUUGGGAGGCUUGACGCCAAUUUUAAGAAAGUCAAGAAAGAGCUUCAAGAAGCUGUCAACAAGCUUGACGGAGCCGUCACCUCUUUCCACCAAGCCGCCGAAGAGCAGAUCAAGCAGGCGGCCCAGACGGCCAUCACCAAGGCGGCUGACAUAGUUGCUGAUGGCAGUAGUGUGCCAAGUCAAAUUAACCUGAAUGAGAAAAUGAAGACGUUUCACCAAGCUCACGAACAAAUUACAAAAAAUCUCGAAGACACUCUCAAGAAGCAAGUUGACGAGCACAUCGGGGAGGAUGAUCCGCCAGGUCAGCCGAGUGGUCCAGCAGCUGAGAAAGUGAAGCUUCCUGAAGAGCAUUUUAAGCAAUAUCAAGCAUACGUCGAUGCCUCUGGAGUCUCCGAUCCCACUAGACCAGAUGAGCUAAAAAAGCUAACUGGCCAACUCCCCAGUGCGAUCAACAGCAUUAGCAGUGAGGGUCUGAAAGAUCUCACUGAACUCAUCGAUGACAGUGACAGUGACGUAGCUGCGACUGGUAAAAUUAAUGAAAAGACGUUUAAUGAGCCGUUCAACAAGAUUAAGAAUGAGCUUGAAGCGAUCAAGGAACUGGUUGCUGGUGAGGAUGGCCAAGAUGCAUGGUCUACAAAUGACAAUAAGGGGAUUAAAAUUUAUCUAGGGUAUCUUAAAGAUGGCCUUAAUUCAGAAGAAUGGAAACCAGUUGGUAUACCGGUCCAAGGCCUCGCUAAAAUAGCGCAGAACAUUCGUCAUCUGCAAAAUGUGAAUUUGACUAACAAGCCCAUUGACAUCGAUUACGCCGUGAGAGCAAUUAAAGGGGAGGUUAAGGAGCUAAGAGAGAAAUUGAAGAAAGACAAUGAUAAUACUGGCGUCAUCAACGUGUUGACAGACUUGAAGGACAGCGGUCUGAGUAAAUUUUUCAACGCUUGGCCGGCGGACAGCAAAACGCUUAACGGCCUUGGGAGCAUACACAAAGACCUCAAGAGGGAGAAUGAUAAGUUGCCGAAGCAGACAAAAAUCAUCGAUGAUACGAUUAAUAUAGUCAAGCAACAAAUAAAUGAUGCGUUAAGGGAUGUCGGAUUCAAAUUGCAUCAUGACCUAGUAGAUGACGACGUGGUGGACCAGUUGGGCCGCUUGGCAAAAAUGAUCGGCAUGAGUGAGGAGGGAUAUAUUAACAAUCUUGAAGCAAUUCGUUACACACUUUAUUGGUUGCAAGGCAACGAUUUUACAUCCAAUCCCACAACCAUAGGAGAUGCCAACGAGGCAAUCAAGGAAGCACUCACAGCGCAGAUGAGCACGCUGGACAAAGAUGUCAUUAAGACGCUGAGUGAUUUGAAGGACAAAGGGAUGAGUAACGUGCCAAGUUGGGAGCAUAAUAAUCACAAUGUUAAGGGCUUAGAGAAUAUUGAAAAUGCGCUUCAAAAUCAACAAAAGCAGUUGACUCAGCAACCACAAAAUAUCCAAAAUGGCGUCACGCUAAUCACCGGGGAGCUUACAAGGCUGAGGAAGGAGUUGCUGGGUGAGGAGGACACUGAUCCAGUAAAAAGAGGCGUGAUAAAGAAUGUGGAAUUUAUGAUAGAGAAGAUUGGUAAGGACAAAAAUGAUGGUCUUGAUAAAAUCACAAAUGAGAUUGACAGGCUCAACAGGGAGACAGUCCCUGACGUCAACAAGCAUCUGGGGGACCUGUGCGGUGUGAUUUCGGACAAUGCUGCAAAGACAAAUUGGCAACUGGAUUAUUUCAAAGAGGAUAACAUUGAUGAUAAACUGCAAGGCAUAAAGAAAGACAUUCACACCCUCAGCACCGGUGACCUCCAGGAGGCAAUAGAGAUGUGCGACAAGUUCCUCACCAACGCCGAUUACAUAAAAUGGGAGAAAGUAGAAAACAUUGAACGCUUCGUAGACAGUGAGAUUGAAAAGGCAAUCGCGGAGCUCAGCAAGCAGGCGCGGCGGGACUACGUGGACUCCGCCAGGGACGCGCUGAAACACUUCGCCGCCAAGGUGGCCGAGGAGCUGGGGGAGCUGCCCGGCGAGAUAAACAGGGAUCUCUUCGUGGGCUUCAAGGGCUUCAUGAAGCAGAUGGAGGGUGAGCGCAGCGAAAACAUUAAUAGGCUAAGGAACGUGCAGAGCAGAAUGCUCCGAGCAUUGUCCUCCGCGUUCCAGAAUUUCUUCGCGCCGCUCGACGAGUAUCUCCGUAAGGAGAUUGAGAGAGUGAAGAAGCAGAGUGACGACGAAAAGAAUCCCUCACUGCCGAAGUCGGAAGAGCCCUACGCCGCCGAGUGGGACGCCGUGCACAGCGAUGUCAACGCCCUGCUCAAUUACCUCUGCGUGACGCAGGGCUUCGACGACAGGCUGCGAGGCCUGCUCCACAACCUCACCGACGCGCUCACACAGCUGACUCCGCAGUCGUUCCAGAAGCCCUCCACUCCCACGCUGGACUCCGUGAGCAGGGGACUCAGUGCCUUCGCCGGUGAGUUCGGCGGUGCGUACAUCUCCACUUACUCGGGCGCGGAGUGCCGGGAGGCUGACGCCGACAAGUACGCCAAGGUGUUGCUGAGCAUCAUCCCGAUGACGCACGAGGCGCUUAGCAACUUGGCAGACAAAUGCGGCACCAACUGGAAGAGCAACAAAAUAUGUGAGUUCACCCCCGACGACAGGGACAACGGCCUGGGCAACUACCUCACCAAAUGCGGCUUCAAGGUGUCACCCACCGACGGACUCCAGGAGGGGGAGUUGCAAAAUCGUUUUUCGGGCGGCGCAGUUCAUGAGCUACUUGCAUCCCCAGUUGCCGACGUGACCACCAAAAUGCUGGUCGGUGGCAAGCCUGCGGAAAACGGAAUUAAUGUUGUCGACUUAGUUGCGCUUUUCCAUAACAUGGUGUGUCGCUACCUCCAGGCGUGCCACCUUAAGGUGCACGCAUCGCCCAGAUACCCCUGCACGGUGAGGGACAUGUUGUCUUGGCUCUCAGGCCUGCAGUACACUCCGGUGGCGGACAAACUGCCUGACCACUGCAGGGCGUUGCUCAACCGCAAGUGCGACGAUAACGAUGCCCCCAACAGGGACGACGCUGUCAUGGCACAGUGCAUAAAUGGCCUGCCGUUCACUAUCGCAGAAGCGUGUUCACACGCCGACUCGCUGCUCAUCGCAAUCCAGGGCCACGGCCGCGGCUUUGACCUCGCCGCCUAUCCCUACUCCGUCGACUUCGCCAACAACACCGCACAGCUGUACUACCCGGACGACCCCGCCGAGGUGCUGGAUAUGUUGAGGGGCAUAGUAUGCCGCCUGUGCUCAGUGCUCUACUUCCUCUACGCCCAGUGCUGCCGUGCCACCGCCACAACCAAGGGAUGGCGGGAGUGCCGCUACGGCCGGCAGGUGCCGUCCUCCCACUGGCAGUGUAACACACUUGGCAAGGAGGCCACCGACGCAAGUCACAACUGCCCGCCCACAUCUCCGCUGCAGUCGUUCCUCACAGACAGCUGUCCCAGCCUCCUGCCGCAUAAGCUCAGUGUAGUUGACAAUGCCAUCGAAUGCGUCGACUGCCCUGCCAACCUACCAGGCCAACAGUGCCUCACCCCGCUCGGCUUCUGGGACCUUGGCCUCGCUGCCUCAGUAGAGCGCACCGGCAGGGAACUUGCGAAGUCACUCGGCCGUCUCUGCAGUGACGCCGACGCCUGCCUCUUCCAACUCUGCCGAACGCUGCGCUUGCUGUGCCCCUCAGCACCGCAGUCACUCGGCGACGUGUUCGCGCUGUUCAGUCAUCUGCUGAGAAUGUGGAACCACGAAUCGUCCCGGCGUGCGUACUCUCACCAUGAGAGUUACCUAACGCAUCUGAACGGUGAUGCUAUAAACAGUCUCUUCCCGCUGUGGCCGCAGCUCCACGGCAGUUACCAAAAUCGCAAUCUCACCGACGCGCUCAAGGCACUCGCCGGCCAUGACCAUGACAACUCAGGGCACAAUGCCCUCUCAAGCCUCUCCGCCGAGCCCCCUUGUCAAUCACCCAGUGGAUGCGCCCCCUUCCUCCAGCCGCUGGCGCUGCACGCCAACCACACCUUCCCGCAGAAGCACGCACAGCUGUAUGUCUCGUGGAUAGUGUGGCUGGCAUGGCAGCUGUGGGAGCUGCUGGAGUCCCUGCUGGACGCCUUGAACAACAUCGACUGCACGGCCCACGGCUGUUCCACGUGCCUCUGUUCUCCUGGUAAGCACGGCGACAAGGACUCCUGCCACUGCUCGUCCCUUGUCGAAUGUGGCGCGACCCUGCCGACACUCUACCGCUACGGAUUCACAUAUCGCAACGCCCACGCCCUGCUCGCCGGCAGCCAGAAGAUGCGGUGCAGUGACCUCAACGACCAACUCACCAAGGCACUCCACUCCGACCACUUCACUCAACUGUUCCACCAGAUCGACCAACUCCUCUACACCAUCCGUAUGCCCUUCCUCUACACCAUCGUCGCACUCUGGCUCAUCGCCGCGCUCUACAUCCUCCACUCACUGCUCUACCGCAUGGACGUCCUGCGCAUCCGCUCGCACCUCCUCACCACCAGGGCCUCACACCUCAUCGACGUCAAGGCUUUACUCGCCGGCAGCCGCAGGAUGCUCUCGCUCUACCGUGACGUCGACUACUUCGACGAUGACUUUGGCACGUGA